AUGCUGUUUGUAAUCUUGUCAACUGAGAUUCUCUUAACGAAUCUCAGAGUUGUCUUCACCACCAUUCUCAACUGCGACCUCGAGCCACAGUUCGACGAACCAUACUUAGCAACCUCUCCUCAACAAUUCUGGGGUCGCCGUUGGAACCUCGUAGUCUCGGCGACUCUCCGGGCAGGCGUCUACGCUCCUGUGCGGCGUGUCUGCGAUCGCCUAAUGAGCUCCGGCUGGGCUAGGUCCAUUGGUAUUUUGGCAGCGUUCCUAGUCUCCGGUCUAUUCCACGAGCUGACAUUCUUCUAUGUAACUCGCGAGACGCCUACAUGGGAGAUCACAUGGUUCUUUGUUUUACAUGGGCUUUUCACGGCCGUAGAAGUUACGGUGAAGAGGAGGAAGAUUCUGCAGCGGUGGUGGCCCGUUAGACAUCCACAUGCUGUGUCAAGGCUGCUGACGAUGGCAUUUUUCCUUGUGACCGGUGCUUGGCUCUUUCUCACUCAAUUAAUACGGUGCAACCCGAUAAAGAGAGGCGUCGAUGAGACCUUGUCGGAACUUACUCUACCACAUAUUAUUGUUCAACAAGCUCAGGCAGAUGUUUUGGAAUGGCUCAAAUCACGAGAUGCACAACAUUCAAGAGUUCAGAGUUCUGGGAACUAUGGAAGUGUUUCAUCAACAAGGGAUCUAAUUUGGCAGUGGCCUUCUUUGGGCUUUCACAAGUGUAAUUUCGAUGCAAGCUAUGAUCUUCACUCAAAUCUUUCAAUGGCCGGAUGGAUCAUUCGAGAUCAUACAGGCGUAGCUUUCUCUUGGGGAACAACUAAUUUAGGGAUGUCAUCUUCACCUUUAGAAGCGGAAGCAAAGGCUCUACUCAUUGCAAUGCAACAAGCUUGGAGUUUAGGUUUGGACCAUGUUAUCUUUGAAGGAGAUUGUAAAACACUUAUUGAUCCGAUCUUACCUUCCUACCUUCCAUGGACGCCGCCGCAGAAGAAUCUACCCAGUGGCUCCUGCGAAGGCUACUUCGGGAAUGGGUUCACUCGGAGAGUCGAUUUCCUCAGACCGAGAGGAGGAGAAGGAAGCUGGUUUCGGUGCUUCUACAGUGAGACGCUAAAGAGCUCGAUAUGCGAGGGAAGGAAUGUGAGGAUGGUUCCCGAUCGGAUCGUAAUGUCGAAAGGAGGUGAGAAGCUCGAGGAAGUCAUGGGGAGGAAAGAGGAGGAUGAGCUUCCUGAGUUCCGAGAAGGCGCGUUUGAGGUGGCGGAGGAGAUUUCACGGUUAAGUUUCAAUAGAAACCGCCGUAUCGGAGGAGGAGGCAGUGUGAUUUCGCGGCGGCUGGUGAAUGAAUACAUUGAAGAAGGUGGCAUUAAAAGACAUACAAUGAGGGAUUUGGUUGGUUCGAUUCGUGCUGUUGGCACCGAGGAUUUCGUUUGUGAAGAGUGGGUGGAGGAACCAACGUUGCUGGUGACUCGGUUCGAGUACGCAAAUCUGUACCAUACCGUGACAGAUUGGUACAGCGCUUAUGUGUCCUCUAGAGUCACCGGUUUGCCUAAUCUACCACACGUUGUUUUCAUUGAUGGACACUGCACGACGCAGCUAGAAGAAACAUGGACAGCUUUGUUUUCCGGGAUCAGAUACGCAAAGAAUUUCAGCAAACCGCUUUCGGUUUUCCGGUCAACAACCUCUGUUCAUAACGUUCUCUUUGUCCGCCGUGAAGAUUACUUAGCCCAUCCUCGUCAUGGCGGUAGAGUCCAGUCUCGGCUAAUCAACGAGGAAGAAGUGUUCGACUCCUUGCAUCGUUGGGUCGCGUCUGGCUCCACCGGUCUGGCGAAAUGCAGGAUUAACCUUGUGAAUGGACUGCUUGCACACAUGACGAUGAAAGAUCAAGUUCGAGCCAUACAAGACGCGUCAGUGAUCAUAGGAGCUCAUGGAGCUGGACUGACUCACAUUGUGUCAGCAACACCAAACACAACGAUAUUUGAGAUUAUCAGCGUCGAGUUUCAACGACCUCAUUUCGAGCUAAUAGCUAAGUGGAAAGGUUUGGAGUAUCAUGCCAUGCAUCUAUGGAAGUCACGAGCGGAUCCAACGGCUGUGAUUGAGAAGCUCAAGGAGAUAUUGAAGAGCCGUGGAUGCUGA